GGUGACCUGUGCACUAGCCCUGCUAAGGUCUUGCUAUUGUUAGCCGGGUCGGCACCGGCUUAGGGCAAUAGCUCUCGCUAAUUGGCACAGAGCCGCCUACAACACCUAAACAUCCUUGCACAUCCCCCCCAAUGCAGGUGACCAUCAAGGCGCUGCUGCCCGCCACGCCCGACCAGGUGGAGCGCAUGGGCGGCAGCUGCGCCAUAUGCUGGGGCGCCAUGGCCGCGCCCGCCCAGCAGGCGGCAGGAGGGGCGGCGGCAGGAGGAGGGGCGGCAGGAGGAGGGGCGGGGGCUGCAGGGGCGGCGGCAGCUUUAGCUGCAGCGGCGGCGGCGGCUGCAGGGGCAGCGGGUAGUGGCAGUGGAGGUGGUGGACGCAGGAGCAGGAAUGGCAGCAACAGGGGUGAAGGCAGUGGCAGUGGGAGAGAGCGAGGCGGCGGCGGCGGCGCGUCCACGACCGACGGCGAAGGCCGUGGCGAGGGAAGCGGAGCAGGCGGAGACGGCAGCGGGGCGGCGAGUGGCGGCGGCGGUGGCAGCGACUGCGGUGCCGGCAGUAGCAGUGGCGGCGAGUGCGGUCUACACCUUAGGCACGAGCACACCCACAGCCACAGCCACGGCCACGGCCGCAGGACUGGGCUGGGACGUCGGCGGGGACAGGUAGACGACACGGCUUCAUCGGUUGCAGCGGAGGCGGGCUCACCGCUGGCGCCGCCGCCGCCCGACUCGCCCAGUGCCCGCAGCAGCACCAUCGCCAGUGGCAGCACCGCCGGCGGCAGCAAAGGCGUCGGCGGCGAGGGCGGCCCGGGGCGGGCUGUUGCUCUGUCGGGGGCGUCUGCGCCGACCUCGGCCCUGGGCUCUGCCGCGUCCCUGCCAGACGUGGCGGCGGCGGCGACUGCGGCGGCGACUGCGGCAGUGGCCCGGCAGAGGCGCAGCAGGAGUGAGAGUGGGAGUGUGAAUGGGGGGCCGCGACUGGAGGGGCAGGAAGGGCCGGUGCCCCAGCCCGGUGGGGAGGCGGUUGCGGGAGGGUCUGAACUCGAGCCCGCAACGCCUGCCGAGCCGGAGCCUGAGGCACCAGUGCAGGAAGGGCCAGCGCAGCGGCGGCCAGGCAUGGACGAGGAGGCCGCGGCAGAUGCGGCAGAGGAGGCCGACGAGGAGGCUCAGGAGGAGGAGGAGGUGGCUGAGUGUGGCUGGUCGCUGCCCUGCGGGCACGCCUACCACCACGCCUGCCUGAUGCAGUGGAUGGAGCAGUGCGCAGCCACGGGCGCCACGCCCACCUGUCCCAUGUGCCAGCGCGGCAUCCAGCUGCAGGUGCGCUGGCGCCUGCCGCCCGGCCUCAGGCCCGAUGCACUCGCGGCGGCGGCGGCCCAGGCGGCGGGCACCGGGCUGGGCGGCCGGGGCGGCGCGGCCCGGCUGAUGUUCGGAGCCGGAGGCGCAGGCGGCGCGGGCGGAGGCGGAGGAGGUCCUGGAGGCGCAGGUGGCGGUGGUGCGCGGCUGGCCGGCAGGGCGGGGGCCGGGGGCGCCCGUGCCGGCCGCGGCGCCGCAGGCGCGGCCGCCGCGGGCCGGGCGGGUGUCGCGGCGGCGGACGCGGACGCUGACGCGGAUGCCGCCGCCGCCGCCGCCGCUGCGGAGGAGCUGGUCAUGGGGGAGGAGCUGCUGGACGCGGUGCGGCACUUUGCGGGCCGCGACGCGGGUCUGCAGGUGGUGGGGCUGCUGCAGCACCAGCGCGAGCUGCAGGAGCUGCUGGCGGAGGCGCCGGCGCCGCUGGAGGUGGGCGUGGGCGUGGGCGUGGGCGUGGGCGUGGGGGUCCGUGACGUGCUGCUUAGGGAGGCAGCCGCUGCGGACAGGAUGGGGCAGCAGCAGCUGCAGCCGCUACCGCAGCCGCCGCCUUUGGUGGCGCGCGCGGUCGUGCCCCCGGAGGCGGCGCCGCAGGCGGCACCUGCAGCUGCUGGGGCGCCUGAGCGGGCGAUGCCGCCACGGCUUGGGGCGCCCGGAGAGGCAGUAGGUCCGGUGCAGGCAGAGGCGCACGCUACAGGGCCGGUAGCGCUGCCACAGCAGCAGCCGCAGGAGCGGGCUGGGCCGGUGGCUGGGCACAACGGGUCAGGUGGCGCUCCAGUGGGCGGCGGCGGCGGUGGUGCGGACGCCGGCGCCGGAGGCAGUGGGGUGGCGGCAGGCGGGGCCGCUGCUGCAGGUCAGGAAGCGGCGGCGGCGGCACAGGGGCGGCCACAGCCGCGGCGGCGUUUCCUGUUCUUCCGUCGCAAGCCGCCGCAACAGCAGCAGCAGGGGCAGGGGCAGCAGCGGCAGCAGCAGGGGCACGAGGAAGAGGGCCAGCAGCAGUAGCAGCAGCAGUAGCAGCAGCGGUAGCUGUAGCAUGAUCGGUAAUGAGGUAUGUGUGGGCACUGCUGCAGGCGCUGUGCGGGUUGUGUCAUUGGUUGAUUGCACUGGACUCGGGACCUGUUUGCCCGGUGGGAGCCGCUUGAGCACGCGGCGUGCUACGAAAGCGGGAGGGGGGAAGGGUCAGGACUACCGUAUGCUUGCGAAUGCCGUGUGUGUUUGUGUGUGUGUGUGUGUGUGCCCCUCAUGUUGGCGUACCGGUCUCCAACUUCCAUUUCUAUGUGGGUCGAUUGUGGCGAGGUUUGCAAAGACUGGCUGUGGGCUGCUCCGUGUGAAAGUGGGGUCGCCACAGCGUCCCUUCAUGUUGCGUUAAGCCUCUUGCCGCUAGACUGCUGGCCAGGACGGCUGUAUGCGCCACCUUCACAUACGGCAGCUGUAGACAUGUGUUUGUUGUGUUUGUGUUGAGGUAGCGGCAUGCGUGAGGCUGUUGCUAGCGGCAGCAUUUGUCAAGCGUCGUCAGUCAGGGACGCGGUCCCACCGUGCCCGGAGGUCCUC